CUUUCUGCGUCCAAGAAUGUGGCACCUCCACCGGCACCACCAAGCCCGAAACAGAUUGAAGUUUUUGUCGAUGGGAAGCCUGUGUUAUGUGAUCCAGGCAUCACUGUGCUUCAGGCCUGUGCUUUGGGUGGGGUUGAGAUCCCACGGUUUUGCUAUCACGAACGGUUAUCAAUCGCUGGUAAUUGUCGUAUGUGCCUUGUGGAAGUAGAGAAAUCACUGAAACCGGUUGCAAGUUGCGCUAUGCCCGUCAUGCCUGGUAUGAGAAUCAAAACCGAUUCGCCGGUAACACGCAAGGCUCGUGAGGGUGUGAUGGAGUUCUUAUUAGUCAAUCAUCCUUUGGAUUGUCCUAUCUGUGACCAGGGUGGUGAAUGUGAUUUGCAAGUAGGUUCAAGUCAAUAUUUGAUUCAACGGUACCAUAAAUGUCUCAAGUUAGUAAGCACCAACCGAGUUUUCUAUAUGCAUGCUGGCACUUCACCCGUGAUGCGUCCGCCGGGUGAAAUAUGGCUACCCAAAUUACAAAAUUUGUCUACGUAA